AUGGCUCCACCAUUUGCUGUCCAGAGCCUUAACGGUCUCAUCGGUCUAUUCUUGUCUGGUGGCCCAGGAUGGCCCAGGCCUAGAAAACUUUCCAAUUUUUCGUCCAAGCUUCAGCCCGAGGUAGAGAUUGUGGAGAAUACACCAAGUAAUCUUCGAAGGGUGGAAAUCCGAGAGCAGCACCAAGGGCGAGGCACUGGGCUUGCUCACCUCGCUCAAGAAUGCAGCCGUGCCUCGGAAAUCCAGCUGGCCUGGAAGCUGGUCGAUGUUCUGUCUGGCAAUCCGACAGUGGUGACAGAUCAAAGGGGCAUUCCAGUGACUCUUCAGGGAAAGGGCCUCCCUGAAGUACUUCCAAUCCCCACCAAUCUCAGUGACCAUGAAGCAUCGGCCGGUCGUCGUCAAUGGCCUGCGAGCUUCAUUGAGGUCAGCCACUACACGGUGGAGAAUUGGCUUCAGGGUUGGCCAGCCCAGGUAGUCGGCCAUAUGCAGGACAGUCAAGACGAAACGGCUAUUCCUAGCCGAUUUCGGUCUCCAGAGAGGGCACUGAUUGAAAGUGGCAUCGUCCCCGAAGAGUUUAAGGGGGAUGGGCCACCCACCAGGCUGCUGGCUGUAGUCCUUCGCCCAGGGAACCCCUGCCUGUAUGGCGUGUCUCCAGUAUCGCUCCACAGCCUGGUGCGAAACCAUAAUACCAACAUCGUCAAAAAGAAACUUCAGGAGCUCAGCAGCAUUGUAGAGAGGUACCGGCCUUGUACUGUUUUUGAAGUCAGUCAGCUUGACCGGCACCUCAACCAUUUGCAUAUCCUCAGAUGUUGCAUCCUCACUGUGGCCCUUGGCCGACAAGAGGAGGCGAUCUGUGGCAGCAAGCAGGUUCUCCAGGAUGGUCUUCUGUGUCUGGGCAUCGGGCAGCAAGGCCUUCUUCUUUGGAUUCGCUUUCGCCUGACGAGUCGCGAGAUCCAGUCCUCCUUGCACUCCUCCUCCAUGUCUUCCGGAUUGUCUCGCACUUCCUCCGGCUGGUUGGCCUCCUUGUACUCCUUGAUUGCCGUGGCCGUUGCCUCGCCAAACUUCUGGGUGAGUUCAGCGAUGGUCAGCCAUCGCUUCACUCCCCGUCUUGUCCGGCUCUCCUUGUUGGCCACGUUAAUAAAGACACUGCUUUUCCUCCAAUUCUCCUCGCUGGCACUGUUCUCUGCCGACUUGGCGUUGUUGCCGAUCGAGCAGAUCUCCGAUGGCGAGUUGGGGCCUCUGGUAGGCCUCCCUUUUCUGCUGCUUCUUCUUUUUCUUUGCUUCUUCCUGAUCCUCCUGCUUCUGGUCGGCACUGUCCCAUGCCCCAUAGCUGCUCUGGUGCCAGCCACUCCAGCCAUGCCCGGCAUCCUGGUUGUACCACUUGCUGUGCUCGCCAUACCAAUAGCCCCAUCCUCCACUCAUGUCGUCGCCAGCCUUGGGCAGAUGGUCGGGUCCUUCUUCGGGGCUGCCUGCAACUGGUUCUCAUCCUGGUUCUCCCAGCUGAGGGGUGGCGACCUUGGGGCCUUCUUCGUAGGCGGUUCCUCCUUGUCCGGUGCAGCUUGCGACUCAGCAGCAUCGUCCGGCAGUGGCUUCGUUUCCUGGUUCCUCCUCUUCCGGGACAGCUUGCGACUCGGCAGCAUCCUCCGGCAGUUCCUCCUCUUCCGGGACAGCUUGCGACUCGGCAGCAUCCUCCGGCCGUUCCUCCUCUUCCGGGACAGCUUCCGACUCGGCAGCAUCCUCCGGCAGUGGCUUCGUCUCCUGGCGGGGGAGGCAGCAUCGUCUUGCUGCUUGGCAGCCUUCUUCUUCGUUGCUUCCUGGCUGCAUCGGCUUCAAGUCAAGCUGCAGGUGCCUCAUGACUGCUUCGAGAGACCAGGUGCCUCAGGACUGCUUCGAGACCAGGUGCGUCAUGGCUGCUUCGAGCCCAGGCAUGGCCAGCUGCUGUCAUGCGGAAGCGAGGCUGGUGCUCGUCUUCGUCGUCGACAUAGCCUCGGUGGCUUCUGGGAUGCUGGCCUCCACAGCUGCUGCUGCGGCAUUCUCCCCAAGAAGCUUCUGAGCCGGGCCACGACAGCUGCAUUGUGGGCAUCUUCGACCUGGGCCGAAGGAUGA